UAUUGGCGUGUGUUAUAAUCGUUGAACCGAAAUUGCAUUCGAGAAGUUCAUUUUGUGCAUUACUUCAUGGGCGAUGGCGGAACCAUAACGUACGUGAUCUAUAAACAUCUGCAAUGGUAGAUUAUAUCUAAACAGAUUAAGCCUACUUUGGGGAGACCCUUCAUGUAAAAUGAACUCUUCAAAUAAAAAGCUCUUUCGGAUCGUCAACAUACUCUUCAGCAUAAUAUUUUUCUUGGACCCGUCCAGGGAAUUUUUGAAGAGAUAAAGACAUUUCCAAGAGAAGUAACAAAGUAUGAAUGUCACUAUGAACCACACUACAUCCCAAGGAGUUGUAACAAAUGCGUCGACCACCACCGUCACCAUAUAUACGACAUCGACGAUGAUGAAUUCUACGAUGACAAAUGCAACGACGACGGCGAUGACAACAUGGUUAACGACCAACACUUCUGGUUGUCCAGAAGGGCUUACAUGGAUACGAGAUCACUUUGGUGACUGUGUGGAGACGACCACUCAGUUAUUCGCCUUUUCAUGUGCAAUGAUUGGGGUCGCCCUUUGGAUCAUCGGUCACUUCUUCUUGUUAAAGUCUUAUCGGUCUAAUCCUGACUUUUCCUGCUAUCAUCUUGGCUUCAUCUUCCUUGGUGGAUUAGGAUCGGUCUGCAGCUUAGUCGGGACAACACUUUGUGAUCAACUUGGCACACAGAUACUGACAGCGUGUUAUCUGGUCUUAAGUGAAUUUGUACUACUUGUACAGUGGAUCUACUGGUGGAACAGAAACAGAAAGCUCAACAAACAAGGACUCUCAUUCUAUGUGUCUUCAGAGGGCUGGAAGUCACCUGAUAGGACACGUGACGAAAACACGAUGAAUGGGGGCGGGAACCUUGUGCUCUGUUUGAUCUGCCCACUUCUAAUGACGGCGUGCUAUUUGCCAAUCAGAUUCAGCAGUAUGUCAUUACCAUGGCAAACGAGUUACGCAAGCCACACCCCAGGCCGAAAACUUCUUAUGGUGUCGGAUUCUGCAACAGAUAACUUCGGAUAUGCCAUGGGAUUUACAGCAUUAUUCCUCUAUUCAUCAUGUAAUAUACCAACUAUUGUCAAUAUCAUGAGGCACAAGACGAGCUACACAGUGUCUAUGUGGUAUCACGGCCUUGUCAUCGCAGCUAACGUGUUUUAUUUCAUCUCUAUUAUAGCUCAUAAUACAGAUCCUGUCUUCCUCACCAACGCGCUUCCAUGGUUAUUAAUAAGCUUGUUUUUUAUUUUCUUUAGUUCAAUUAUUAUAUUUCUUGUGCUACGGAACCGAGGUAUUGGAUCUCACACCCGCCCAGUAGGUCGGCGGAGACCAGACGGUACGUUCCUCUUGUAUCCCAGUGAAGAAAGUUUAAGCUCGGAUCUCGAUCGCGGAGGAACACUCCGUUUUACAGAUGAUACAGCCUCGGGAAAGCUACCUAGUAUUCAGGAGGAACCACACCUUGAAAAUACCGUACAGAAAGAAGCUGAAGGUCAGGCCGACUUUGAAGAUGUGGAGCUCGAUGAUGAUUACGACGCUGAGACAGCCAGCAUCCAUAGUCGUGCUAGUGAUUUCAUCAUGGACGACGAGGAGGAGGUCUAUGACCGUGAUCAAGAGGAAAGACAGAGGAUUGCGAAGCAGAGAAGGGCUGCCGACUUUGAAGAUGACGGUUUAGAGUGGGAUUUCGAUGACUUUCGACCAAAGUACACGGGAAGUGCGGGCAGUUUGGAUGAAGACUUAGUGGGUAAGAGCCCGCCAAGCCACCUCCGCACUCUAGGUGCCCAGCAUGAUCACGGCAAUCAUAUCGACGAUGAUGAGGAAUGGGACGAAGAUAAGGUGCUUGGUGAAAUCGAGAGGGAAUUAAAAAUGGGCGAUGACAUCGAUGGUGAUACUAUUUCGAUGGAAUACGAUACGGCCGAUGAUGAUGAUCAUUUUGAUGACAUGAAGUAUUCAUAUACGUCACAUUCUCAGUGAGAAAAUAAUUUCUCUACGGAAUAAUAUGUUGUUGUAUAGUCGUCAGAUAAGCAGGAAUUCCGAUUGCGAGGUUAAAUUAAAACAUUGUCAAUAAGCAGCGAGAUAUAAGGGGGAUCGAAAGAGAGGGAGAGAAAAAAAAGUAUUUUCAAAAGAAGAAAAAUAUAUAUAUAUAUGUUGCAUAUAUUUAAAAUGAUAAAACCGAAAGGCUAUCGCUUUCACCAAUUUUCGACAAUUAACUUAACAAAGUACUACGCCGCCGCUAAACGUCCUCCUUUUGUUUUGUGGAUUUGUUUUCUUCUCUCUCUCACUCACUCUCUCUCCUCUCCCUCUAUUUCAUUCCCUUUAUUUCUCACUAUAAGCUACCCAUAUAGGUGCUUCUUUCGACGAAAAUUUACCGGGAGCACCAGUAAAUUUUGAUAUUUAAUUUUUCUCGAACGCAGAAGUGUUUC